AUUUAAAAGUAGAGAAGAAGAAAUCCCGGAAGCACAUGGUCCCAUGAAUGCGUCCGAAUCAGUUGAAUACUUGAGUGUUUCUCUUAUUUUGAUCUAUACCUUUUCAUAUUGAUACCCUUUUUUUAGUUAAAUGUUAACAUUUAGUUGCUGAAGCGUAGCAAGAAGGUUUUUUAUCAAUUUCCACCAUGGUUCGAGCACUGAGGGGUAAGCAGGUACGAAGACCCCAGAAGACGGAGCAGUAUGAUGAAGAUGAUCCCGAAGGCUACAAGAAGUUGCCUAUUCCUGAUAAGAAAUCAUCAAAGUACGCAAAGGACAGGAUUGAUGAGUUUCAUGAUGCAAAGAUUGCAAAACUUCUUGCCAGUGGUGUUCAAAUGGAGAGCGAUGUGGAGGAGCUGGAUGAUGAGGAAGAGGUGAUGGCCCUGGAUGAUUCUGAGUCAGAGGAGGAAGAUGACGAAGCAGAGGAGGAGGGAGAGGAGGGGACAGACAUGGAGAGUGAUCUUGAGGGGAAAAAAGAAGAAGAUCUUCCUAAUGAAAUGGCAUGGGGCACCAAGAAGAAGAUGUUUUAUGACACUGACUAUCAGACCACCAAAGGGAGAUCUCAGGAAGAGCUGGAGGCUGAAGAACAAGAGGAAGAAGAAGAAGCUAAAAAGAUCCAGAACCGCUUGGCUGAAAAUUUGUGCGAGGAGGAUUACGAUUUGAACCUCUUUCAGGAGUUUGCUGUAGAGGAAACAAAUGAAAACAAAGCGGUUGAAAAGGAGGAGAGGAUUGUGAAAGACCUGAAGCAGAUGUCCCAGAAGGAAAAGAUGAAACUCCUGAAGAAAGAGUCACCAGAGCUGCUUGAACUUAUUCAGGACUUCAAAGCAAAGCUCACUGAACUGAAAGAUGAGCUGCAGCCCCUGGUGCAGAUGGUGGAGGAUGGAAAGAUCCCAUCAGGCAAGGGUGCAGAGUACCUCAAGACAAAACGACAUCUAUAUCUCAAUUACUGCACAAACAUCAGCUUCUACUUGGUGCUGAAAGCAAAACGAAUCCCUGCUCAUAACCAUCCUGUGAUUGAACGACUGCUCACCUACAGAAACCUCAUCAAUGAACUAGGUGCAGUAGAUGCUCGGCUUGCACAACAGUAUCGCCAGUUAUUAGCUGAUGAGGAGAGAGAAGAGACUUUAGACAGACCAGCAGAGGGCAAGAAAACUAAAGUCUCCAUUAAGAAAGACAAGGAUUCUGCUAAAGCUCUGCAAGAGGUCGGGGAGGACUCAGACUCCGAACUGGAUGAAGAAGCAGCUUUGCGCUUCUACAGAGACGUGGAGCAGCGGGUGAAACUGAAGAGGAAGAGCAAUGUGCCAGAAGCUGAAGAGUUGGAAGAGAAUGAGGAUGAAGAGCAAGAGCUGGAUCCAGAUGCUAAGAGAGGAAUCACUUACCAGAUGGCGAAGAACAAGGGGCUCACACCGAAGAGGAAGAAGAUCGACCGCAACCCCAGAGUCAAGCACAGAGAGAAGUUCAGACGAGCCAAGAUCCGCAGAAAGGGACAGGUGCGUGAGGUCCGUAAGGAGGAGACCAGAUACAGCGGAGAGCAGUCUGGUAUUCGUGCUGGGGUCAAGAAGAGUGUCAAACUUAAAUAACCGAGAUAAUCCACAUUAUGCUGCUAAGAGUAGGCACGCGUUUAAAGAAAUACCAUUGGACUGUACUUGUACAAUGUUUAUUUUAGGCAACCCUUUUAGUAAAGCAAAUCACUGACUUAUUCAACUGAGUUAUUGAUGCAAAAAUAAAAUGCAUUUCUGUUCUGAUUAUUCAAACGUGAAUAAACAUCUUACAACCUUCUAA